CACCGCGCCCGCCGCGCCGGAGAGACCUCGGGGACCGCGCGGAGGCGAGGACCUGCAGCCGGCGGGGCGUCCCGGGACACGGUCUGGCCCGCUCGGGUCCGAGGUGAGCCCCGCGGAGGACGCGCCCCCGGAGGUGCGGCCCCGCGAGCUGCGCGCCGAGCCCCACCCGGGCUGGCGUCCCCGAGGCGGCGGGCGGCCGGCGGCCGGGAGCCCGCGCGGUCUGUGCGGCCGGGGAGCGGGCCCUGAGCCCGGUCGGGGGCGGCCGCGCUGCGCCAUGCGCGGGGCGCUGUAGCCGAAGGCGCGGGCCCGAUGGAGCGGGCCGGGGCGCGGGGGCCGGGGCUGGCGCUGCUGCUGCUGCUGGCGCGGCCGCCGUCGAGCCGCGCGGGAGCCCCCGACGCUCCGGAAGCCGCGGCCGCCCCGGCCACGGCGGCUCCGGCGGCUCCGGCGGCUCCGGCGGGAGGCGACCGCUGCCGCGGCUACUACGACGUGAUGGGCCAGUGGGACCCGCCCUUCAACUGCAGCUCGGGCGCCUACAGCUUCUGCUGCGGCACGUGCGGCUACCGCUUCUGCUGCCACGACGGGCCGCGGCGCCUCGACCAGAGCCGCUGCUCCAACUACGACACGCCGGCCUGGGUGCAGACCGGCCGGCCGCCCGCGCGCGCCCGCGACCCCGCGGCGCCCCGGGACCCGGCCCGCGAGCGCAGCCACACGGCCGUCUACGCGGUGUGCGGCGUGGCGGCGCUGCUCGUGCUGGGCGGCAUCGCGCUGCGCCUGGGCCUGGAGAGGGCGCACAGCCCGCGUGCACGCCGCGCAGUCACCAGGACACUGACAGAACUUCUAAAGCAGCCAAGUCCCCAGGAGCCACUGCCUCUACCUCUGGGCCCACCUCUGGGUAGCUGUGUGCAGGUGCAGAUGGGUGAUGGCCUGCCCCGGGGCUCCCCCCACAGCAGCACAGACAAGAAACGCCUCAACAGUGCGACUCUGGGGUCAGCGACACCUGGGCCCCCGCGUGGCCCCCGGCUGCAGGGCGGCGGCAGCUUGACACUCCAGCCUGACUUCGCCAAGUACGCCACCUUCAAGGCCUGCGUGCUCAAGGCCGCAGAAGCCGGCCCACAGGACUUGUCCCAGCGCUUUCCAGCAACCGAGCCCGCCCCGCUGACCCUUCCCGCGCGGGUCCCGCGGCACCCGGAGGACUUGCCCGCGCUGCUCGAGGCCUGUCCCUGGGCCCCGCCCGGCUACGCACCGCCCGUCGGCUCCGUCCCGUCGGGACACUACACCGCCUGGACAGCCGGCCGCCCAGCGCGGGGCCCCCGCGGCCCCCCGACGGCUCAGGCCUCCCCCGCACCCCGGCGGCCCGGCCACGCGCCCCGACGUCAGUUCAGCGCGGAGAAGCUGCCCGAGGCCUUGAGCGCGCGGCCCCCAGGCCUCUACGGCGCGGGCCGCGGCCCCCGGCACCUGAGCACCAACAGCAAAGCCGAGGUCACCGUGUGAAGACGGGGGUCUCCCCAGGCAGCGCUUCGCUCCAGCCCUCUUGUGCGCUGCCACUGCGCCUCAAAAUAAAUAAAUAAAAAGAGCUACGGGGGCCUCGGCGUUGCAGACCUGAGAAGGGACACACUGGGCCCGGGGCCUAGGUCCCUCAUGUAAAUAAACCCCUUUCUGGCUUCCAACCCCGAGAAUAAAGGAGCCACCUUAGCUGGGAGAGGC